CAACGGGUAACCCCAUCAAUUCUGUUCAAGAGGGUUUAUUACGCCGAACCCUUUAGUUGUUCUGGGAACCCAUGAGAGGAAAUCCAAAUUUUCGCCGACCCUUUCCUGUUUUUUAGUGUUAUUAUGGAUCUUAAUUCCGAUAUCCUUGAAAUUAGUUCUGAUGAAGACGGCGCUUGGGACGAGCGCAGCUUCGAUAAUCUUGAUUGGAUCUCCGACUUGCUUGAUACCGGUGGUUGUGAAACUGAAGAUUCUGAUGAUGUGGUAUUUGUGAGCGAGAGGCAGAGUUCCAAGCCUGCAAACAGACCGAAAUUGACCUCUGGGGAUGAUUCGGACGAUGAUUGCACUAUAUUGGAUGGUGACCCUGAGAACCCAGUUGCAGCUGUAAAUGACUCAGCGGAUGGAUCGGAUGAGUUGCUCAUUGUCGGUGAGAAGGGACAGUUAGCAUGCAGAGACUACCCUCACCCACGACACCUGUGUGCUAAAUUUUCUUUCAGUUCAACUCCGCAUGAUAAGUACUGUGACGUGUGCCACUGUUAUGUCUGUGACUCGCGUGCACCAUGCAUCUACUGGGGCACAGGUCUUUCUACUACUGAUCAUUGUCAUUCCAAUGAUAAAGAGGAAAUAUGGCGGAUAGAGAGGAAAAAAAAGCAAGGCACAUUACCACCGACACCAGCCCAGAAGCUUCCUGUUACUACUCUUUCAAUGAUUCCUCCCUUGCCAAACCAAGCUCUAGCAUUCAAUCCAAUGCAACUCCCCAAUAGUGGUUGUGUAACACAUUCAGUCUCCUCACCCCCACUCCGUGCUUGCCCAUCAAUGACCAGUUUUGGUGUGCCUAGAAGUAAUCAGCGACCAGGGGUCAUUCUGAGCAGAAGCAGAUGCCCACAGAAUUUAAGCAGAUCACCGUCGAUGCUUAGUACAAAUGACCUCAUUCGAAGAGAGAGAAACCAUAUUGGUGGUACUUUGGGGCCUCAAUUUAGCACACAACUGUUUAAAAAGGUAGCGUUUGUGCCAACAGUUUUCCCAAUGAACCGACAUGGAUAUGGUUCAUCUAAUUGCAGAAACGGAUACACAUCACAGCCACUAACAAACCAACAUCCAGUGGUAAUGGAAAAUGAUGAGAUUAAUAUGAGGUGGCAGAACAUUCAAGCGGGAAGUGAGCCAAACUUUGAUUCUUGUCAGAGUUCCUCCCAACCAGAUACUGGCAGCAGCUUCUCAGAAUUUCAUUUAUAUGCUCAACCCCAAGUAUAUAGUCAGCCAAUUCCUCAAUCAGGUGAGAACCAAAAUUUGUACCGACAUGAGAAUCCAACUCCAGCUUCUGCAAAUCCUAGUGCAUUGGACUUCAACUCAGGUUGGAUAGAUAGUUCAACCCAGGCUGCUCAACAUUCCCCAGCAGAAGGUUCCCAAAUUCAAGGUGUACAACUGACAUCUGAUCUGCAACCUGUCCAAAGUUUGUUCCAGAAUGAAAGUCCACCUGUUAGUGCUGCAAAUCCCCUGUAUACUGGGAGCCCAAAUCCAGAUUCAUCGCGGCUCCAUUUGGAGAAUUGGAUUUGUUCUCUAGAACAUGAGUCCACUUCAGAGAUUGCAAAAGAGAUUGUACUUUCAGAAUUAGAUUUUGUGCCUCCUCAGCACGACUCUUUAGAGACAGCCUUGCCGUAUUAUGAUAUUGAAAGCUCUUGGAAUGCUCUUGCACCUGUCUAGCAAAUUAAUCUAUUCUUUUGUUGCUAGACUGGGAAUACGGUGAAGUGUCAACCUUGCUUUUACAGUCAGUUCUUAUGUACAGUUGUAGCAGCUGAAAAGAGGGGGGAGGGGA